AUGGCCGCCCAAGCACAGCAGGUUCAGCAGAAGGCUGAGUACUACGUCGCCCAGAUCGACAAGGAGCUCUCCAAGUACCCUCUCUUCAACAAGUUUGAGCAGACCGUCCCCGUCCCCAAGGCGUACGCCGCCAUUGGUGCCUUCGGCCUCUUCGUCCUGCUCGUCUUCUUCAACAUCUUCGCUGGCUUCCUGACCAACGUCGUCGGCUUCUUCCUGCCCGCCUACUUCUCGAUGAAGGCGCUCGAGACGCCCCAGCCCCAGGACGACAUCCAGUGGCUCACCUACUGGGUCGUCUUCGGCUUCUUCACCUUCCUCGAGAGCUUCUCGACCGUCAUCCUUUACUACGUUCCCUGGUGGUACACGAUCAAGACGCUGGCCAUUGUCUGGCUGAUGCUGCCCCAGACCCAGGGCGCCAAGAUGGUCUACUCCAAGGUCCUCAGGCCCGCGUUCCAGACCAGCCGCCAGACUGUCAACCAGCCCGCCGCUGCUGCUCCCAGCACCGCCGAGACCAACUAG